AUGGAUCAUUCGAAUAUCUGUUCAGCUGAUUUGGACUAAUUGCACAUGGUAAUUCAAUAGAAAAUAUUUGGUAAAGAAGAUGCCUUAAAAAGUGUGACUAUGAAAUUCAUUGAAAAAUACAAAAAAACAAAUAUUUUAGAACAAGAUAAAAAGUAAUAUGUCGAUAUAUUUAGACUUUUAGACAGAUUUUCAUCGAGACUCUAAGAAUUGAUGGAGAAAUGCAAAUCUCAAGAUCAAAUAGAGUAAAUAUAGAGCAUUCAAAGGAAAUUAGCAACAAUGAGUUUCAUUCGAUUUCUUGAAGUUCUGCAUUCAACAAUUGAUUAGAAAGCAAAUGAAAUAGUAAAUUAACAAAAUAAAUAAUCCUAAGGAUGGCAAAUCAAUAACAAAUAAAAUAAGAAUCUUUUUUAAUUUUACGAUGAUCAAUUUUGGAAAUUGUACGGUCUUCUUUCAUUGAAUUAGUAUUAAAAUAUUGAUAUCAAAGAGAUCACAUAGACAACAUGA